AUGCCGAAACUGAUGUGGAUAGGAGGCUGCGAUAUGCCGGCGCCAGUGAAAAGAAAAACGAAGGAUACCAUCAUUGUGAAGGGGGUUGAUGGGCUGACGUUCGGUCUGAAGUGCGACACGAAAGCGCUCCUCGAGAGCAAAUCGAAGAUCUGGUUCUGGACGGGAUGUGACAACAAGCAUAAGCUUUUCGAUAAGCUCUCUUGCGAGUGGAACCUCUGUCCGAUGGUCAACACCCGCCUGAAGGAAGACAUCUCUGGACUGCUCGACAAAUCCAAUCGAAUCGCCAUGGUCUGCAUCACCAACUUCUUCGAUGAUGAGGCCGCUGAUUUCGUGUACUUCGUCAAGGGCUACAAGAACCUCGCAAACUUCCUGAAACUCACCUUUAGCGGAAGGGCCUACAACGAUCCAUGCUUCGCGACCCCUCUGCAGAACUUCACGUUCAAGAAACUCAUCGAGAGCCCGGGCUUGGACUGCCUCGCUCUUGAGUGCGUGGGUAAAACGGAGACGAAAGGCUUGAGGUGGCUGUAUCUGUACAAGUCAGCAGUCAACGCAUGGGACAAACUCGAAUUCGAUAACGAGAAGUAUAUGACCAUCAAGGAGAGGUUGAAUCGUCCCGGGCCAAUGGUGGAAGAGCUGUCGGACACGGAGGAGGACACGCCUAGCGAUACUACGGAUGAUGAUGAUGAGGAGAAGGAGGUAGAUGAGGACGAAUAUGAGGACCUAGAUGACGAGUAG